GAUUCUGCUGAAAUACAAGUUUAAUGCGGACGUAGUUGACGUCAGUCUGCUGCCACAUUCUGCUCGAACUGGCUAGCAUAUUACAUUUUAUUUAUUCGGAAACUGUACUCCAACAUGUCUAACCACUGUAUACCUGAUUAUAAUUUUUAUUAUUAUAUAUGUGAAUAAUAUUUUAAUUUCACAGGUUCAAUAAACAGUCGAUUAGUCAAGUUUGUUUUGUUAUCGAUUUGCAUUUAUCAUGUCUCUGGUGAAAUGAGUAUGGAAAAUGCAGAAGGAUCGAUCUCGAAAGCAGGGACAUCCAGAGAAAAUCGUGAGCUGGCUACGAUUCCGCAGUUUAUCAGAAGCAGACGAAGCAGAGCGUACAGGUGGGAUUAUAAUAGAGGUGAUAACGCCGACCACGAAAACGACGAUCACGACGAGGAUAUGAAUGGCGACGAGAACGAUCAGACGAAGGCGAUGGAUGAACCUAAGGCUGAUUACUGGGCCGGCUAUUACGAUUUUCUGAUAAAUGAAGGGAGCUACAAAUUCUGGGCCGUUUUUCAGCUCGCGACCGCAGCUCUUCUGAUCUACAGCGGUUUCGCGGCUCUCUACUACGCCAAAGUAAAUCCGCCGACCACGGACGAUUAUUUCGACGAUAUACUCCGCCGGCGACGACGACGACGAAGAAGACGCUCGCUUCCGCUCGCGGCCCGCGACAGGCCCUUCGUCGGACUCGAUACCGUCACGUUUCAGAGGAUAAUCGAGGCUGCUGAACGAGCACGUUGAUUUUCGUUUCGAACGCUUCCUUAAGAAAGAAAAAGUACACCAUACGCGGUAAAUAAAAAGUAAACAACAAGCGGUCAAGUACACUGAGGCAUUUUAAUGGGAUGAGUCUUUGGAAGUGUUUAUCGAGGGGAGACGACACGAGAUGCGAAAAUGCAAUCAGUCCCCUGUUUCCUGGAAACUGAGUGAUUGCUUUUAAUUAGCAUAGAACUACUGAGCAUGAUAUAACACUUAUACGUAUAAGAAAUGUUUGCGAUUAAUUUCGAAAAUUAUUAAAUUAACAGUGUAUAUAACGCAGAGUGCAAUGUGUGCAUGUGCAUGUAUGUUCAUAUUAAUCCAUAAUUUCGAUACAAACACAUUUUUAUAGAGAUAUUAAGAAUAGGAUACGUAUAAAAUUAAAGAGAAAAUUGGGAAGAUUAAGAUAGUCCAUGUUGCUACGCUAGCAAACAUCCCUAAUAGCACCGAAAGGUAUGGUUUUUAAAUUCUCGUAAAUUAUAAUGAAAUUAAUU